AUCCCUGCUUUGUGCAGACAGAGGCAGCUUUCUAACCAGCCCCAUUCAGUUAAUUUUAACCAGUUUAUUGCUAGACUCAAGGGGUGGUGCUUAGCUUCCAUUGACUCCAGUAGGAGUGAGGUACCUAACCCUCUUAGCCAUAUUUGAAAAUCCCACUAGGCAUCUGCCUGCAUUUAUAGGCACCUAAAUACCUUUGAAAAUCCGGCCCAAAGUCACUUUUGGAAAUGGGACUUAGACUAUUUUGAAAAUCGUGUCUUAUGUUGUCUUUUUUUCUCACACAUGUCGGAGCUUUCAGUUUGAUGAUCUACAGUGCAGUUAACAGUCCUCCAAGACAAGACAACAAACAAUCAUUACAUGUCUGUGUUGUGCCACCAAGAACUGUGUUACAAUAAACCAAACAUGGAAGGUUGAGGAGGAUUUACAUUGGGAUUGUCAGAGGCCCUAAGUGGUUUAGGAGCAUUUUCCUUUGAAAGUCAAUGGGACUUGUGCGCCGAACUCAUGUGGGUUUGUUUAUUUACAUCAUCCAUAUUCUGGAUAUUUACUUAUUCUGAAUUAUUAUAUACACCCCUAGCCACUGGAAUGCAGAAAAAAUCUACAAGAAAAUCUACAAGAAAUGCUGUACCCUCUGCAGAAUCUUUAACCCACCCAUCAACACAGCACAUCUUCCUCAGAGGCGUACCUCACUGGAAAUACAAAACACUGUACCCAGUCACUGCAGCAGUGCAGUGGGCAUCAGCUUUUGGGCUAGUGAGUCAGGAGUUUGUCCUACUAUUUUUAUGAAUAUGAUCUUUGCCGAGUAUCUGGUUUUAUCUUCCUUAGGUAAAACUUCUGCAUUAAACUCUGGAAUUGGGAAAACAGCCUCUUCAGUAGGACACUAGGAUUGAAUACUGUAUCUAUGAUAUGUUUUGAAACUUUUGAUGGAUAUUAAUUGUGUUUCAUUCACUUGUAUAAAGUUUAUAGCAGCUUUUUAAGCAUUUGGGAUGCAGAGAAUAAUCAGAUUAAGUAAUUUCUUUUGCUGAGCUAUCCAUUUUAUCUGUGGCAGUUGGAGACCUUAUGGAAAAGGACUAUAACGAUAUUUUAUUUCUCCAGUGCUUGGAGUGCAGUUAUUUCUGCACCAGACUCAGCGGAUCCAGUUUGUUGAAGUUAGUGAAACCGCAAAGAUCCACUGUUCUUCCACAGAAAACUUGGAAGGAGGAAGUAGCAUGUUUUGGUAUUUGAGAAGAGAAGGUGAAAAACCCACCUGCAUUAAGCGCUGUUUGGAUGAUCAAAAUGUAAGUAAAUUUGCUUGCAAACAUGAGACACACAACUCGACGCUGGAAAUCAGCAAUGUCCAAAAGACUGAGUCUGGCAUUUACUACUGUGCAUUUGAAUACAGUAGCUACCUGAUUUUUGGAAAUGGAACCACACUGAUCGUUGGAGACAGUUAUUCCAACAGUAGCUGGGUGAUGCUUCUGGUCCCAUUUCCAUAUGGCAGUCAAGUCACUGGGACAGCAAAUCUGGCUUGUGUGAUCCAUGGAGUGUCCAGCCCAGUCCAUGUUUCCUGGAGUGUUUCGGGGGAGCUGCAGGAACAGGGGCUGACACGAUCAUUGAAAGCAAAGGAUGGAUCUUUAAUGCUCAUAAAUCACAUCAACGUCCCUAUGGACACCUGGACUAGUGGGAAGAAUUUCACCUGUGAAGUCAAAUUCAACUCUUCUGGCAACAGUGUGAAGACAAGUACCAGGUAUCCUGCAGCCCCUGCCAGCAAGUGCUCACAUUACAUUGUGCCCCUUGCGGCUGUUGCUGGUCUGCUGCUGCUAUUGGUGUCUCUGAGCCUCGUCUGGACCCUCUGCCCUUCCACUCUGGGAUUCCAGCCCAGGAUCUCAGCACCCCCAGCUUCCGAGGAGCACCAGGGUGGAAUCUUAUACGCUCAUCUGGAUUUUGAUUCGCGGAAUCGCAAUGGGCGCACGAUGCAGCGAUCAGCCAGAGGGAAACGUGUAAAAGCCUGAACUGUCUAGAGCAGGGGAAUCCACAUGUGGGAACUGAUGUCUGGUUCUCUGCUGAUCGGAUGUAGCAGCUGGAAGAAGGCUCUGUCUGUCUGUCUCCUUUCUUUUUGUAUUUUCUCCACUUCUCUGUUUCGAAUAAAAAGCUGAGAAGAUCCUCACAGGGUCCAGCCUCAUCAGGUGGGAAAUCUCCUUUUGGGAUAUAAAGGCAUCAUGGUGUAGAUUGUGUAUUAGACUGGAAGCUCUUUGGGGCAAGUAUGGUCUCUUUGUUCUGUGUUUGUGCCGUACCUAGCACAACGGUGCUAUGGUAACUCAAUAAUUGUCGUCAUCAUCACCCUCCCCUCAUCUGCUCAGAGACCCAGACACAGCUGAAUGGCUGUAGCUCCCCUGCACAAAGAGUGAGGCCGGAUGGCAGGAGCCUGCAGACAGGAUGUGCAGCCCCUGUAUAUGCCACAGCUCCCAGCUCCCCUGAUUCUCAGCCGUAACGUUACAUGGUCAUGCAAUGGGAUUGGGAAGGAGAAGGAUGGAUGCAGGAGUUGGGAGGGAUGAGAAUUUCUCCCCAGGCUAGGGCUGGAGCUGCUAGUCCAGUGCUGCCUCUGGAGCAGUGUUUCUCAACGACCAGUCCGUGGACUGGUGCCAGUCCCUGAGAUCUCCCUGACACAGUUUAGGAAGGCAGCCAGCCGGUCACUGGUAUCCAAAAGGUUGAGAAACACUGCUCUAGAGUCUGCUUCUUUCCCCCAAGGGCAAGAUCCACAGAUCCCCUUGUGCCAACUCCUCUGCACCAUCUAACGAUAACAUAUUAUCAAUGACUGGAGCUCUCCUGGUGCCUGAGCCUGCACACCCUGCCUGUUUGCAUCACAACUUGUUGUUGUUCAAGCUGUCAUCUGAACUGUCACUCAUUAAAAAG